AUGAUGUCUUCUCUCAAUAACUCGGACUUCAUAUUUUCCACUUUCCUGGUGACAGGAAUCCCUGGACUAGAGACUAAGCAUAUGUGGCUUUCCAUUCCAUUUAGCAUGAUGUUCUUUGUGACCCUGGCAGGCAACAUCACCAUAAUGUGGAUUAUCUGGAUUGACAGAAGCCUCCAUGCGCCCAUGUAUCUCUUUCUGGCAAUGCUGGCAGCCUCAGACCUAGGUUUGUCUCUCUCUGCAUUCCCUACACUUUUAAGGAUCUUAUGGCUGGAGGCCCGGGAGAUGAGUUUCUCUGCCUGUUUUACCCAGAUGUUCUUCAUCCACACCUUCCAGAAUUUUGAGUCAGCUGUGAUUCUGGUCAUGGCCUUUGAUCGCUAUGUGGCAAUUUCUAAACCCUUGCAUUAUGCCUCCAUCCUUACCAGCAGUGUAAUUGCCAAGAUUAGUUUGGCCAUUUUAUUACGAACACUGACAGUUGAGGUACCCCUUCCCAUCUUGCUUAGGAGGCUACACUUCUGUCGCUCUAAUGUGCUCUCUCACUCCUACUGCCUACAUCCAGACAUCAUCAAACUCUCCUGCUCAGAUACUAGGAUAAAUAGCAUCUUUGGCUUGUUCACUGUCCUUUCCACCAUGAUCUUUGACUUCCUCCUCAUUCUCUUCUCCUAUGUCCUGAUCCUAAAGACUGUGCUGAGCAUUGCAUCCCAUGGGGGACGUCUCAAGGCCCUCAACACCUGCAUCUCCCAUCUCUGUGCUGUGGUCCUUUUCUUCACUCCCAUGGUCAGUCUAUCUAUGCUACACAGGUUUGGACCAAAGCUUCCCUCCCAUGUUUAUGUGCUCUUGGCUAAUAUGCACUUUCUUAUCCCUCCUGUAAUGAACCCCAUUGUUUAUGUAGUAAAAACCAAACAAAUUCGAGACAGGAUCAUUAGGAUGCUUUUCAGGAAGGGAAACAGGUAA